AAACAAAAAAUCCAUUGUUUGUCUCUCUCUCACUUCGUCCAAAUUUUCAAGAGAAACCCUCUUCUCUUUCGUUCUCUAGACUCUACUAUUAUCUUUUUCCUAAAGCUUUCACUAAACAAGCUGCCUAAUUCCAUUUAUUGCUGCAUUUUGCUGACAUUUUUGUUUCCCCAGCUAGUAUUGCCAGACAUAGUAAUAUGCAUUAUGCAACAGAAUAGUUUGUUGCAUCGAAGUCUGUGUGUGCCAAGAAUAUUACUUAUAUACACUCCUAAACUCGCUCUGUAACCUUCGGCCACAAAAAUGCAAGUCCUUCGAACAACUUUCCCUCUUCAGACACCAAACACAAAUUCAUUUCCCAACUCUCUUUCCUCUUGCAAUGCCAUCUCGCCACUCUCUAUCCUCCCGAAAAUCUCCCUUUCUCUCACCCUCUGUCGCCCUCCACCUUCCACCCUCAUCCGCAUGGGGGGCGGACCCAGAACCUAUCCAGGCGGCGUCUCAAAGUGGCAGUGGAAGCGGAUGCAAGCUAAAAAAGCGCAACAACUCCUCAAAGCGCGCCUCUCCCGUGAGCGCCAAAUCUACGAGAUGCGCAAGCGCGCUGAGCUUAAAGCUGCUGUCUCUAACCUGGAGCGCCCAUGGGAAGUUGUCCAAAAGGACUCUCCUAGAACUUCUUCUUCCCUCUUCUCUGUUUCUGCUGAUGAGCAGCUCAAGGUUUUAGCUGAUCGAUUUCAGAAGCCUGGUGGUUUCGAUAUGUGGUCUGAUAAUGAUGGGCCUCAACUGUUCCAUACACAUGAGGGCUUGCCCUCUGCUAGGUUCUUCCCAAAAGGAGUCGUUCAUAGCAUUAAACCUUAUGGUAACCUUGAUGGGGGAAUGAGUAGAGAGAAACCUGGUCUGGAUCCGAGUCGUAAUCGAAGAUCAAAUGUCGACAAUAAUUCGCAUUCCAAGGAUGGAAGUCGAAAAUUCAAUGAACUUCGAGGUGAUGGUUCCCGAAGGAUUGAUCGAAAUCAAGGUAAGGAUCCAAAAGGUGGAGACGAAAAUGGUAGGAAUUUGAUGAAAUCAGGGGGUGUUAAAGAACAAAGGAAGACGGGUUCAAAUCCAAAUCCAAAUCCAAAUUCAAAAAGAGAUAAAAAUAAGAGAGGCUACCAUUUAAGAAGAGGGAAUUUACAUGGUGAAGAUGUGUAUGAUAUGAGCUUGCAGCGUGAUGGGAGUUAUGGUUUUAGUGGAAGGAAGGGUGAUGAUAAGUUGAUAAGUUAAGGUAAUGUAGAUUUUAGUUUCUGAGAAUGCGUAUAAGAGAAGUUCUAUUGGAAAUAUUCUGGAUGAAAUUAUGGCUAUAAAUAUUGGUAUUGUUUGUAAUUUAUUCAUCCUUCAUAACUUGAUGGAUGGGAAGUUGUACCUAGUUAGAACUUGUUUUCUAAUUCUGGUGGCACCAUGAGCUUGAUACCUGUUCUUGUAUGUGGAAUGUGGUCAUGUACAUAUAUAUCUAUAUGAUAUAUCUCCUGUAAAAUUUUAGGAAAAUAUGUUCCUGUAAGUAGACUCUUUUUUGUAACUUUGUACUUUGCUAGUUUUAUUUACUACUAUUUAUUUUAAGUUCAGUGAA